AUGUACGAAGGGAUUGACAAGCUGAAAUCCCUUUACGACCGUGCCGGGAAGACUUUCUCCGGCGGUCCUUCUGCGGCAAAGGAUGUGCCGCGUCGUACUGCUCGACCAGACCCAGUACGUCAUCCAUCAGUUGGGAGCGGGGAUCCCAAGUAUCCCAGGACGGGGGAUAGCCGCGCCAAAGGACGAGGUAACUCGUCCGACAGCUUCUUUGAUCGCGUAACGCAAGGGUUACGCGACGAUCUCGAAAAUGAGCGAGACAGGCGUCUCCAACUGGAGGACACUGUCUCGAAGCAUCGAGCUGAGUUUGCUUUUGCUCAGCUUGAGAACGAGAGAGCUCUGACGUCUCUGCGUGACGAUCUAAGGGUAGCUCGUGGGUAUAUUGACCGGUCUCGGGCUGGGAGAGCUGCUCUUCAGACCCUUGUUGAUAUCCACCAUCAGGAGCACAAGGCUCUCUGUGAGAUGCUUGAGCGCAAGGGCGUUCUUCAUUGGAAGAAACAGCGUACUGAUGGUACGGCUUAA